UGCAGGGCGGGGGGGUCUUGUCAGAGCAGAGGUUUUUACCUGCGAGCGGGCGACAGCGCGUGGUGCUCACAAUUACCUCUAUUUACAAUUAAUUACAUACCAAUUACACAACAAUUAAUUCCAUUUAACACGUAUACUUUCGCGAACGAUACCGUGGUUUACAACUAACUCACAGCCACAACUUGCUUUCAUAAACAGCUGUAAAUCGUAGGCAGUACUGCAUUUGCUUUCUCUAUAGAAUUGCAUUUUUCAAUCUAGAUAUGAAGUUUUAAUCUAGAUAUGAAGUUUUAAUCUAGAUAUGAAGUUUUAAUCUAGAUUUGAAGUUUUCCUGACUGCAGGGAUCCAUACUCUUUGGUUCUUUCGGUAAAGUCACGAAGGUAUAAAAUAAAUUAAGUCACGACGUUUCGGGCGCAACACCAGCCCCCGUCAUCAGCUUCUGCCAGCCUUGUGACAAUGGCUCUGCUCGCUGCCCCGUGCCUGUUGGAGAUCAUCUGGGCCGUCAUUGGCAUAGGCUUUGUCAUUGCCUUCGCCGUGCACGUGUGCUUGCGGGAUCCGCCCGUGCUGCUCGAGGAUUUCAUCCGCUACGGCAAGAGCAAGGGCGGGCAGCGCGCCGCGUGGAUGCGCGCCCUGGAUGUGCCAAAGCGGUGGUUCAUGCAUUUCUACGUGGUGGCCGUGGUCUCGCACGUGACACUCUUCUCGCUGACUCUCCGUGCGCUACUGCUGGGCUCCACCUUUCCUGGCUGGCUCGAGUCUCUCCUGGUUGCCUUUGGCAGCCCCACAAACAAUUUUCCCCAUGGUAUGGAGCUGUCGGUUGUGCUUGCCCAAGCCCUCAUGGUACUGCAAGUAGUGAGGCGACUGGCCGAGUGCCUUUUUCUCAGCGUGUAUUCUAACGCAAUUAUGCAUGCAGUCCAGUAUGGAUUCGGUAUGCUCUACUACGUGAUGAUCGCCUUCACGUUGUUGUGUGAAGGCCCAAGCAUCGGAGGAAAAGAGUUGAGUGUGUGGCAGUUGCUGGCCCAGUGGAGAUGGUACCACGUGGCUGGCUCUGUCAUGUUUGCCUGGGCCACGCUCCACCACCAUCGGAGCCACAACAUCUUGGCCAAUCUACGAAAGGACAAAGCUGGGCGCGUGGUACACACGAGGUACGUGGUUCCACAUGGAGACUGGUUCGAGCUCGUUUCGUGCCCCCACUACCUGGCCGAGAUCUUGGUCUACGUGGCGAUCGCGGUGGUGCUGGGCGGUGUCCACCGCACGUGGUGGGUCGUCCUCUUCUACCUCAUCGUCAUCCAGUCCCUGGAGGGACGCCUCAUGCACGAGUCGUACCGCAGCCGUUUCCCAGACUACCCGCAGCAUCGCCGGGCCAUCCUGCCCUACCUCCUGUAAUAAUCAACUAGCACACAUAUCUUCUAAAGCAGUGUUUCUCAACUCCCAGGCCUUGCGACUCCCCACGGUACAACUUUCAAUGGUAGUCGAUCUUUUAUUUUUAUAUACCAUGCCUCCCAUACAGUAAAUCUCAGGUGCCAGAACAAAGGAUGUGUUUGAGAUAUAUAAACCAGAGAAUCACUUGGUGAGAUAAUAUUUGCAGACCCAAUGCAAAAUGCACAAACAAUGCAAUGCAAACAAUAUGCGCGAAUAAACGAUAAUAAACAAUAGUGAAAAAAUGA